AUUGUUUACUCAUUUUGAAAUUCUUUUGUGUGUUUUGUCAUGUGUCACUUCUCUGCCUCUUUUAAAAAAAAUUGAGACUUGGCACUAAAAUAAAGAUGUCUGUUGUCCAUCACCUCUGGAUUCUGCUGGUGAUUCACAGUGUACUUGUUUGCGGUGGCAUUCAGUUCCUGGAGCAGCAUGAGGGCGAUUCUGUGGUACUUCCCUGCACCAUUAACCCAAGGGGCCGCUCUCCUGUCGGCUUCGCUUUGAAACGCAUGUGGCAGGACCCCAGACAAGUGCUCUUCAAAUACACAAACAGCGAUGCCCACGUGAACAGUGACGCCGACAAACCCCGCCUGAUGGUUGCUGGCGACCCGAGCAACAACUCUCUGACUGUAACCUUGUCCGAGCUGAGAGCCAACGACACGGAUCACUACACUUGCGAGUUUGUGGUUCCCAACCGGUCUUCUGAGGACGAACACGUGGUAGACACUGAAUUUUUCCUCCUGGUAAAUGCCGUGACCCUUGGGCGUAUCGAUGUGUGCGCCGGGGGCUCGGCGGUCAUCCCUUGUCUCCCUCCUCACGACGAGGACCUUCCGGUAGAAGGCGUCAGCCUGAUGCGGAGAAGGGGCCGAGCUCCCAUUGAGCUGCUUUACCAUACCAAGAGGCACAUCGACGACGGGUCUACCUCCACAUCACGAUUCCAGCUGUGGUCAGCACCGGGCCCCUCAGGCUUCACAUACAACCUCACCCUGCGGCAUCUACAGUCAGAGGACAGUGGCGUGUACAGCUGCCAGCUCCUCUUACGCCGCCAAGCUGACACUAGUGCCUCGCUAGACAUGACAAAAGCUGUUUUUGUUUCAGUGGAAGGAGGUCCGUGCGGCUGCUCCAACUACGCAACUUUACUGUACGCGUUGUCCUCGGCUGUCGUGGUCCUCCUCGUGCUCCUCACAUUAAUUUUCAUCUAUCAUAAACGCGCACAGAGGCUCGCUGCCUCCCGCCCUCUGGUGCCCAUCUACGAGGAGAUGACGGGUGUGAAGAACCUGGGGGCCAAACAGGAUGACGACGAGUUGUCCGUGUAUAAGAACGGUGGUGUGAAAAAAUCAUGCCCGCUAAACCAUUAUGAAACUCCUAUUCGGUCAGCUUUUUGAAUACCACGAGCUCCUUUGUCCGAGUAAUAAACUUCCAAAAUGGUUGGAGGCCCCGGAGAUACGCGUGACCCGACUGUAGAAUUUUUUCGAAAUACAAGCCAUCAUUAUGAUUAUGAUUUUUAUCUGUAUUAUUAUUAUUAUUUUUUUUAACUUUUGACUUACAUGAACAAAUUAGAGACAUGAGGUUUGCAGGGGCUCUGGAAGUCACCCAUAGCAGGGGGUGCUGAGGAUCUUAUUUUGUUUUGCCCACCCAAAAACAGCCGUUUCGGUCCAAAUUUGUCCCCCUUUUCUGCCUUACAAGUAGGGUUGGGCAUCAUUUGAAUUUGAACAGUUACGAUUCCACGUUUCGAUUCCGGUUCCAAACUAUUCUCGAUUCUUUUAAUAUGCAGGGUAAAAAAAAAAUGGCAUAGUUCAUAUUAAUUUCUUAACUUCUUGAUCAUUUUUCAAUUUAUAUGAACUUUCCAUUAAGUUUUCUAUGAAUUUCUCACAGGGCUAUUUUUAACUUGUAUAUCAAUAUCAGUCUUUAAACUUGAAUAUGAUGUUUCUUUUCACAGGAGUGCACUUUCAAAAAGAUGUUUAUUUUUCAAAAGCUCACAGAGAAAAACAUUUACACAUAUUCUUUUGCCUAUGUUUUAGAGUGUCUUAUACUGCAGGCAUUUUUAUAUGUUAUUGAGCUCCCACUAAUGGGCUAACCUGGUGCAGAAUAUCAAGCAAACAAACAACAAAAAAAAAACAACUUGUAAAACUCAGUCCAGAUUAGAAGAGGGUACAGUAUAGAAUCAGAAAGUUUUUUUUUUCAGGAAAAUGAUCAUAUUUGCCUUUUCAGGCAGUAAGUAUGAGCGUUCUGGACAGAUAGUGUCUCCUGCAGUGGAGAACACACGUUCACUGGGUGUAGAUGAAGCUUGAACGCACAACAGCCGGUGGUUGGUGCUCACAGCAGAGUAUAUAAAUAAAUGUCACGUAUUACUAGUGAAGCAUGUGAAAAGAAAACCUAAUGAUGCAUGUUAAUACGGCGGAGUAUAGGGCCAAAUUAUUACAUUUUAAAAAAGGACGAAGAUAUUAGUCGUAAUAUUGCUCCGAGGAAGUCGCAAAUAUUCCGCUAUGGACUUUACAUACAUGUACCUUAGCAAGGAGCUAAGACGAAGCAUUAGUAUGAAUUAUUUUAUUGAUUAAAAUUUGAUGAUCUUUCAAUGCUGUUGAUUUUAACGGAGGCGGCAACACGCUACUUAAAGUACGUAGCUGCUUAUAUAGCUACAUUAGCCCGACGUAAUAAUUCUCAUACAAAUCCAUCCAUCCAUCCAUCCAUCCAUCCAUCCAUCCAUCCAUCCAUCCAUCCAUCCAUCCAUCCAUCCAUCCAUCCAUCCAUCAUCACUAAUCCCGGGUCGGGUCACGGGGGCAGCAGAAGACAGAGGUCCGGCGCAGCGCGUCAAAUACUCAGCUAGGACUACUCGGCACUUGUUUUUCAUGAAGCCAGAGGUGUGCAGCCACCUUUGCAUGAUGUAGCUGUGUUGAAAAAGGUUGCACUGAGCUGAUCAUUUUUCUUUGUGAAGUUGAGCCAAAUUUAUGCCGCACAGUGACUACAAUUAAAAUCAAGUUGCAAUGCACAAACACACACUUCAGGUGGCUUCUUCUUCAUGAUGUUCGGCAGCUAUUUUCUUUGGGGGGCGGUCAGGGCAUCAAAAUUUGGAAUCCCGGAUCCCAUCGAUGCUCAAUGCCCAACCCUACUGCACAACGGCAGUACACACACAUGCUGGAUAGUUUACGUACUACUACUAGGCUACUGCAAAGACAGCGUUCUAUUUCACCUACAGUGUGUGUUGGAGUUUUUGUAUUGGAAAUAAAAGUUCCCGUGUAUUGUAAUGCAAAUCCCCACAGCUAGACAGCACAGUGAUACACAAACACAUUUGAAAACUAACAGGUCCAAUAAGCUUCGGUUUAACACCCAUUUUUCUGAAGUCUCAAAUAAAUUGCACAAGAAUAUCCAACAGCGCUCUGCACGGCAGCAGCUCAAAAACAACAAACAAUAAUAAGCUUACAAUGGAAGUUUAUUUGAAGUUCUCAACUGUCUAAAUCUGCAGCUAAUUUUUCCUCGCUGGGCACUAUCAUAAACUAUUAUAACCAUCUUCAUUUUUUGAAUGAAUUUCAGAAAAUUUUGCGUAAGUUUUUGUAAAGAAAGAAAUUGAUAAUUUUUUUUUGCACCAUGUUAAUGCCUCUUAUGUCAACAGUUUCUGUUAACUUUUCUGUUCCAAUAGCGCCUUAUUUAACGUGACCUGGUAGCAGGCAAGGUGUCAGGUGGUGACCAUGGUACUAACAAUCCCCAAAGUUAAAUAUGCUAUUGUUCCAAUAUGUUUCAUAUAAAAAAAUCUACCAAAGCUUUUUUUCUCCUCCAACACCAGGGGGUGCUGCAGCACCUUCAGCACCCGACUUCCUGCGCCCCUGGAGGUUGCAAAAAAAAAAAAAAAAUGCAAUGUUUGAAGGGCGAAGUAGCGAGGGAUCACUGUAUUUAUAGGCCACUUCUCGUUGAUGUUGGAGCAUUUCGGACUCACUUCCUAUGCAUUCUGGAUUAUUUCCUGUUAAUUUUAGGAAAUUUCCGGGUCAAUUCCUGUACACUGGUCACUUUCAGUUGUUUUUGGGGUAUUUUCAUGUCACUUCCAGUACAUUGUUUCACAUUCACUGGUCACUUCCUGUACAUUUUGGGGCAUUUCGGGGUUAGUUCCUGUACAUUAUGGAUAUUUCCUGUUGAUUUUAUGGGUUACUUACUGUAGAUGUCUGAGUAUUCUGGUUACUUACUGUUGGGUCAUUUUUUUUCCCUAUGAAAAUGAAUGGGGCUAUUGUAAAUAAAUGGGGUUAUUUUUGUCAAAUUUAGUUGUCAUUCAAAGUUUUUGGCAAAAACUAUUCAAUUUUUUUGCGCCUUGAUCUCCCGACUUUAUUUGAUUGGUAAAUUAUGUGAAUUGGACGAGAUUCUUUUUGGAAAUGUAUAUGUUUUUGCCUGUAGAAUUGAAUGGGCCUUUUUUUUCUUAAUAAACACACGUUUUUGCUGCAAUCAUGAAUGUGAGGGGCGAAUUCAAAAGAGCCUGUGUCGUGUGAAUUUUUGGAACAUUUUGAAGUUGCAAUGGUGAGAAUCGGUCAAAGCGCGUGUGCUGUGCUGAAAAAGUGGGCGGGGAAAAAAAAACAAAACAAAAAUAUUAUAUUUGGGGAGCUUUGCAUUGCAACGCAUACCCAUGACUAAAUAUGAAAGAAAAAUGAUUACACUGUUUAGCAAGUUGUUUACUGUGCAAGCUCGAUGCCAACAAAGCAUGCAUAGUGCCUUUGGCAUGCUAAUAAUUAGCAUCAACAGAUAUUUAAACAGAAAGAAACAAAGACAUCACAAUCACAAUACUGCUGUAUUAUUGUAAUACUCUUGUUUUAACCUUUAUUGAAACGAACAAUUCAGUAAAAAUAGAAUGCAAACUUUACGUUGAGUACCGUUUUAUCUUUUAACUAUUGAGCUUUUAGUUGCAUCCAGUUGAGCUUGAUAUUUCUUGUAUUUUUGUCCGAGUUUUAUUCUUUUACCAUUUUAUCUGAUUACAUUUACUAUGUACUGAACUUUGUUGAAUGUUUGUAGUUUUUAAAAUGUUCUCAUGAAUAAAUUCGACUGUGUGCGCAAGAAAUGAUCAGCUUUUGGAAUCAUAGUCACAAAUGUAUCAUUCAUUCUGUUUGGCUUGUGUCCUAUUUGAGAUAUUUGAACCCAUUCAUGCACAAAUUAUGAUUUAUUUUUCUUAAAAUGUUUUUAUUACAUUUAUAUAGAACAGGUGUCUCCAACAUGUAGCCAAAGGGUCAGGACUAUACGGUAUAUUGCAGGCUUACAUUUGACACCUAAUUGUAAUAUUAGUGUUGCCCACACAUAUUUUGCAAUGAGGAAUAAAAAUAUAUAUAAUUUUAGAAAAAAAAAAAAAAAAAAAAAAAAAGAAUUAAUGGAAGGAUUUUUUGGGAUAAAUUCGUUAUUUAAAUAGUAAGCUUUGAGCAACAAAAUGUAUAAUUCUAAAUAAAAUUAAUUAAAAAAAGAAAAGUUAUAAUAAAUUGAAAGGAGACAAAUUCAAAUUUGUGUGGCCCAUGAGUAUCUUGCUCCAGAAAUUUUAUUGAUGCAUUUUUUUGUUUGUUUUAUAAAUCUCUUCUGGCCUCACAUAGCUUAAUUGAGGCAUUACAUUACACAACAAUUAGGCCAAUGAGAUGCCUGCCUGAAACAUCAAGGUUUCAACCUUGAACCACCUUUUGGGACAGUGUUAGUACCACCUGGUGGUGCCAAUGCAACAUUACACUCACCUCAGUUCAAUGACGCAAAGUACUGUACAGUGGUACCUUUACUUUAGGGCUGCAGCUAUCGAAUAUUUUAGAAGUCGAUUAAUCGAUGGACUACUUAGUUCGAAUAAUCGAGUAAUCUUUUAAGAAACAUGAAAAAUUAAAAUACCUGAGCUGAGCCUCAAACGGUAUAAAUUUUUAUUUUAUAUUUUUAAAAAUGUGGAUCUAUGUACAAAACAAUUGGCUAACUUACAUAGAAAAAGUCCGCUAGCUUAAAUGCUAUAAAAUGCAAAAGUUUUUUUUUUUUUUUUUCAAUGCUCUUAACAAAUGGUUGAAAAAACGGCUAAAUAUACAGUACAUAUAAACUAAUUUAAGAAUGCAUUUAAAAACAUUAGCUCUAACACAAAAUUAAAAGUUGGUCUUAACAGGGAGCAGUUGGAUUCAGCCAUGUGAAAGGAGGCAGACCAGAGGGCAGUGUAUCCACCCUCAUCAAUUAAACUAAUUGCAAACACUUUCCAAAUAAACCAUUAAAACGCCACGUUAAUUAAACAAAUACUCGAAGCAACAAAUUUAAUUUGAAUAUUUUUUUCUAAUCGAACACCCGAGUUAAUCGAUUAAUCGUUGCUGCACUACUCUACUUACGAAAUUAAUUGGUUCUGGAAGUAGUUUCUUAACCUGAAAAUUCUGUAAGUAGUGACGUGUUUCCAUGUAAAUGCCCUAAUCUGUUUAAAGCCCCCCAAAAUUCAGACACAAAUAUUUUAUAAUGCAAAAAAAAAAAAAAAAAAAAAAAAAAAUCAAAACAUGUAACAAUUACACUUUACAACUAGAUUAUUGCACGAUAAACAUAAAAUCAGACUUGUACAUAGUGUAAAAACCAAGAAUAGACUAAAGAAUAAGUAAAUACACUCAUGUAAAGCUGUCAGAACACGAGGGGCGAAUGAAGAGGACCCUGGGAUACACACAUACAAAUAGAGUAGAGUCCCUCUUAUCCAAUUAGAUGCCAGGAAUGCAAGGCAAUAUCCAAUGGCAGAGCAGCUAUGUUACUUUCAGUAAACUCUUGGAGGUGUGAUUACCAGCCAUACUGUAUUUUUGUCUUUCGUAUCCUGAAAUUUCUUCCGUAACAAGGGGCAAUACUUGAAAUGUCUGUAUGUAGAGACAUUCGUAACUAGAGGUACCACUGUAGUCUAUAGUGGAAAAUAACAUCUCUAUCUUAACAUAAUCAAUUAACGUGACAAUUUCCUUUAUUAUUGUGUUUAGGAAUAGCACUUCUUGUGUUAGGAGCACCACUUCUUGUUUUAGGGGAAUCAGUUCUGGUUUGAGCAGAGCCAAUUCUUGUUUUAGCAGAAUCUCAAUUCUUUUUUUUUUUAAGUACCUAAAAUAAAGCAACUAGAUAGAUCGCAGAUUAGAGAUGUCCAUCCCGAUCGAUCGGGUCCGAUCCCGUCAUUUUCAAAGUAUCGGAAUCGGCAAAAAAAUAUCGGCCAUGCCUUUUUAAAAUAUAUAUAUUUAUUAAAUCGCUUUCUAAUUGUAUUUAACGUUACAAACAUAAUAUGGUACACUCAUCCAGAGUCUUUAGUUUAGGCUUAAGGUAGGGUUAUCAAAUUUAUCCCGAUAGCAGCGGUAAUUAAUGUUUUUAAAAAUGUGUCACGUA